AUGCGGACACCAUUUAAUAUUUUACCGUGGUUAAUUGGGACAUAUAUGACGAGAUUUAUUGAAGCAUCGCAACAACAUACUUUUCGAAUAAACGACAUUAACAAUGCAGAAAUGUCGGGGAAAUUUUUGCACAUUUCCGACAUCCACCUUGACCCUUAUUAUCUUCCCAAUAGGAACCCAAAAAGUUAUUGUCGUCUUUAUGCCUCAAAAUUAAAGAAAAAUAAAUCAGGACAAUUUGGUACCGUUGGUUCAAAAUGCGAUUCACCUCUCGCAUUGGUAGAUUCAGCAUUCUCUUUCCUUAAAGAAAACUUUCAAGAUGUUGAUUUUGUAAUUUAUACCGGUGAUUCUUUGAGGCAUGAUAGGGAUCCUAAUUUUCCUUUUUUAAAAGAAGAUGUGAUCUUGGGUCAUGAAGCUAUUGUCAAAUAUGUUACAGAAACUUUUAACUUAAGUAAAACUAAAUUUAUCCCCACAUUAGGAAACAAUGACGAAUGGACACAUAAUCAGCUUGAAGGUGGAACAAAUACACUUUUCGGCAACUUGACUAAAAUAUGGGCGCCUUUAAAUUUAAAUCUAACAUCUGAUUUUGCAAAUGGAGGGUACUAUAGACAAGAUGUAAAUGCAAAACUCAGCGUUUUAAGCCUAAAUUCUCUGUAUUUCUACGAAAAUAAUGAAAAAAUAAGGGAUUGCCAUCAUACACAAUCCCCAGGAUCAAUUCAAUUGAAAUGGAUUGAAGAUCAAUUGAAGAAUAUGAGGGAAGAAGGAAGAGUAGUUUAUAUUUCACAACAUGUUCCACUUUUGGAUUCUGAUGGUGAACCAUCGUUUCUUCCGAAAUGCCAAAAUAAAUUCAUACAAUUGCUCGGGAAAUUUUCUGAUGUUGUAUACGGUCACUUCACUGGUCAUACAAAUCUAGAUGCUUUGACCUUUUUAACAGAAUCCGAUAAUUUUCGUGACAAAUACAAUUUACACUACCUUGAUAGGGAUGAAGGCCCUUCAAAGAAAUCGGUCAAUAAUAUAGUCUUAGUUAUGUAUAAUGCACCUUCAAUAGUUCCAGGCAAGUAUUCAACUUCAUUAGGAACGUUUGGCGAAUUGACUGAUUAUAUUCAAUAUUAUCUUGACAUUGAGAAGGCUAAUGUGAUAGGCAGAGCAAUAUGGGAAAUUGAGUAUAUUGCAACUGAAACGUACAAUAUGAAACAAUUAUCACCAUCGGAAUGGUCCAAAGUUUUACGUAAAAUGAAAUAUAAAAAUAGUAAAGCAUGGAAAAAAUAUAUAAAAUUUUUCACUUUGAGCAGUUGA